UUAGGGUUUCGAGGUGUGAUUGGCUGCAUAGAUGGCACUCACAUUCCUAUCAUAGCUCCUUCAAUAAAUGAAGGAGAUUAUGUGAAUAGGAAAUCUGUCCACAGCAUUAAUGUACAGAUCAUAUGUGACGCAGCCCACAUGAUAAAUAAUGUGGAAGCAAAGUGGCCUGGGUCUGUGUAUGACUCACGAAUGUUUCGUGAGUCUACACUGAGUGCCAGAUUUGCCCGUGGAGAGUUUGAUGGUUAUCUAUUCGGAGACAGAGAGUACCCCUGCCAGCGCUAUCUGCUGACCCCUUACCCUGACCCACAGCGACACUACAACUUGGCUCACUGCAGGACACGAGCCAGAGUGGAGAUGACCAUCGGCAUACUCAAGGCCCGGUUCCAGUGCCUUCGUAGGCUCCGGGUCACCCCGGAAAGGGCUUGUGACAUUAUAGUGGCAUGUGUGGUUCUCCACAACAUUGCCACUAUUAGAGGAGAACAAUGUCCUACACUUUCCCCCAAUGAUCCAGAUAAUAAUCCUGAACCCCCCUGCUGAUGCACAAGAUGGAAGAGCUGUUAGAGACAUGAUAUGCUUCAAUCAUUUCUAACUGACCCAUCACCUUCCCAGUGUCAAAGAACGACAAUAUGCCUCAUUUUAUGGGGUCUUCUUUAUUUCCUAGAAGGGCAAAUGUUGUACAGUUGUUAAUCCUUUGUUGUUGAAACAAUUAAAAAACAUCCACCUGUGGGCACAUCACCCACCUUUAACUGAUGGUCCAGCAGUUGUGUUUCCUUUUUUUAUUUGGUGAUCUGCAGCCUUAUGUGCUCCAUUUCUAGGUGUGAUUUGUUUA